AUGACAGUUUGGGUUCAACUGCCGGCGUUCCCGGUUCACUUUUACCACCGGGAAGUUCUUUUCUCAGUGGGGAACAUGAUCGGACGGACCAUUAAACUUGACUAUCAUACCCUGCAUCAACAGAGGGCCAAAUUUGCCCGGAUCGCUGUAGAAGUCGACUUAUCCAAGGCUCUGGUCACUAGGAUUCGACUCGACGGGGCAUGGCAGUACCUAGAAUAUGAAAAUCUGUCGGUGCUCUGUUUCGAAUGCGGCAAAAUUGGUCACACAAAAGAGUUCUGUCCCACCCUAAAACCGGAGACUCCUAAGCUCGCAAUUGUGGAAUUCGGAAAACCGCCGGAGCCGGAGAAAGCUUGCUCGUCGGAGGAAGAGAAGAUCGGUUUCGGGCCAUGGAUGGUAGUUACGCGGAAAUCGCGGAAGGGCAACAAAAUCCCGGAACUUGGAAAAGGAAGCUCGACCUCUGAUCAUGUAGAUGGCGCAAUUCAAGGGAAAGGAGGAAAAGGAAAGAUUACCAACAAGGAAAUCAGGCUGGGCACGGAUCAAGCAACAGGAAACAAAAAGCAAGGUUCCCAACGAGCAGAUACCACCAACGGCUAUGGAAAAUUGGGGAAAAACAAUAUAAUGGCGGCGAAACAGAAAGGAAAGGCCAAAGCCGAAGACCUAUCGGGGAUGGAAUCGGGCGAAGGGCUACUUGGGCCGGCCCCCCCACUCAUGCGGCCCAAGUCUUCUAAGCCCAGGGGAAAGGUAACCCAAGAACACCUGCAGAUGGAAGGCCCUUCAAGCUCAACAACUAAGACCAGCCCAAGCACAGGCCUGAAAGAAGGAAGUCAGCCUGCAACGCAGGCGAUCCCUGAUUCCCCAUCUCUGACUUUGGUCCCCAACUCUGGUGGAAUAUCCAUCCAGGUUGUUAAUUUAUCUCCCUCCGCCCUUGAUACUGGCAAACAGAUGGAGGCGACGACCCCGUCAGCUUCCGCGCGCACUAAGAACCAGAAGAAGCACCGGAAGAAACUUCAAUCCCCAAGUAAUUCCCCUCGUCCAUUUGCAGCGAAGGCCCUUCAGAUUUGGACACCAGUGAAGGACAAGAAGCACAAAGCCCGAACCAAGCUAGCCGCCCUCACGCUUCAAGAGAUCGAGGCAUGGACGGGGACUACCAAGCGCACGGAGGAAACGACAAUCUCUGUAGAACAAAACAGCGGUGAUGGGAUGACGGCCACUGAUGAGAGCCCAAAACCAAUUGACUCAUGA